CCCAGAUCACCACCAAAGUAACUGGGUGAGCUCUAAACCUUGUUGCCUUGUACUCCAGCACAGCAAGUCUGAAAGUUACCACCCAAUUCUGCACACUCCUAGGAAGUUCUGCCUUUUUUUUCUCUUUUGAAGUUUCCUAUACUUCCCAAAAUUUCCCCUCCUCCUGUGUCCUCUCCGCCCCCCUCUUUUGGGGGCCCUGUGACCCUGAAUGUGGGGGGCACACUAUAUUCCACCACUUUGGAGACCCUGACCCGCUUCCCAGACUCCAUGCUGGGGGCAAUGUUUAGAGCUGAUACCCCUAUGCCUCUCAGUCCUCAAGAAGGUGGACACUAUUUCAUUGACCGAGAUGGCAAGGCCUUCAGGCAUAUUCUCAAUUUCCUAAGGCUAGGCCGUCUGGACCUGCCCCGAGGGUACGGAGAGACAGCACUUCUCAGAGCAGAAGCUGACUUCUACCAGAUCCGGCCCCUCCUGGAUGCCCUGCGGGAGCUGGAGGCCUCUCGAGGGACCCCUGCACCCACAGCUGCCCUGCUCCAUGUAGAUGUAGAUGUCAGCCCACGUCAGGUGCACUUCUCUGCUCGCCAGGGCCCACACCACUAUGAGCUGAGCUCUGUCCAGGUGGACACUUUCCGGGCAAACCUCUUCUGCACUGAUCCUGAGUGUCUGGGUGCUAUGCGGGCCCGAUUUGGUGUGACCAGUGGAGAUAGGGCAGAGGGGGGCCCACAUUUUCAUCUUGAGUGGGCUCCCCGCCCUGCAGAACUCCCUGAAGUGGAGUAUGGGAGACUGGGGCUACAGCCCCUAUGGACUGGGGGCCCAGGAGAGCAGCGGGAGGUAGUGGGCACACCAAGCUUCCUAGAAGAGGUGCUGCGUGUAGCUCUGGAACACAGCUUCCGUCUAGACUCCGUGUUCCCUGAUCCUGAAGACCUGCUCAACUCCCGGUCUCUGCGCUUUGUCCGCCACUGAGGAUGCUGUCCUCAGUUUGAUUGUGGGGAGAAAAGGGAAUGGCGUUGCUAACAGAAAGAGGCUGCCCUGAAGCCUUUCUAGUUCUGCCUCAGGAGCUGUGAGAGUCAGGGAUCCCACUGUGCCUUACUGGAGCCCAGAUGUGGACAGGAAUUCCCAAACCUGAGCCCACUGAGAGCUCACAAGUGGUCCAGAGGGUCUGGACUGGUGCUGAUCCUAGGAUGGGCAUGGAAAGUUUUCUUGACUUGGUCUCAUCUAAGGCUAGGGACCUCCAAUCUCUCCUUGGAGCUCAGUAUUCAGAGGUCUGGAAAAGUGGGGCCCACCUCUUUGUCCAAGUUAGGCAUGGCAGAACAGCAAAGGGACUCUGAGGUCUGAGGGAAAGAAGGGACUUUAUAUUGCUCCCAUAUGUCCUCCUGGACCACGGCUUCUCCUCCUGAAGCUGGGUGGCCUAGCCUGGCCUUCCUAAUGAGAGGCCAGAACAUUCUGAAACAAGGGCAGGGGUGUUUUUUGCUGUGGAGGGAGACAGAAAGACCACACCCCAUCCUAGAUUGGUUUAAGGGAGCUAGGAGAGUCCACCUUAGCAAUGGGGCUGGAGUACCUCUCUGGAAUUUCAAGUGUUUAGACAGAUCUCAUAUGGAGAUUGGGGCUGGCCAUGGGAGGAGGUGGCUAUCUUUUGGGUCCUGGUCUUACUUCCUUCAUUGUGUGUGUGAGCCAGUCUGUCUAACUAAUGUGUGGAUCUCCAUCUGUAUUGCUGGCUAUGGUGUCUAUGUGCUGAUCCUUCUGUGGUCGCUGCAUGUCCAGGCCUAUUUGGGGUUACCCAGCAACUGUUCUGCCACAAGGUGUGUCUGUGGUAUGUGUGUAAGUAAAUUGAGAAUGAGUAGUUUAAUUACAGGGUGUGUAUAUACAUGUGUGUUUGUGUUCAUGAAUGUACACACAUCAGCAGGCAGGCAGGAAAGGCCUGUUGGGGUUUAGGUCACUGGGAUCUUCUUGGGGAGAGGUAAAAGAAGUCACUGGGCUUAGCUAGGCCUCUGAGGCCUGUAUGGAACUCUUGGUUGCUGAGGCAACCAUGGGUCUGUUGCUAGGAGACAGCUGGGGGAGGCCAAGCCUGCCCAGGGCAGGGAAGAGAUGAGCAGUUUGGGAGAGUGGGGAAGACAAAGGAAAGGAUGAGAUACUUAUGCACAACUUCUUCACUGGAGGUGUCACUCAUCAUUUAUUACUGGUCAUGAUUUAUAAGAAGGAAAAUAAAAUUGCUUUUGGAA